UUUGGCGGUGUUGCCGUGAUUUUUGCAGGAGAUUUUUUCCAGUAUCCCCCAGUGGGCGGGAGUGCUUUGUAUGUACCCAUUUCCACAUACAGCGGACAGAGCGAUGAAGAGAUACGGAAGAGACUGGGGCGAUUAGCUUGGAAAUCGAUCAAUGUGGUUGUUAGUCUCACAGAACAGCAACGUAUGAAGGGGGAUGUGCAGUAUGGCGAUGCAGUUUGUUGGCUCCGAGAGCGGCAGUGCAAUUACGACGAUGUCAAACUCUUCAAUUCACGAGUA